AUGCAAUCCUGCCCGUCAACCCUAAGUGACGUACAUAACCAUAUGUGUAGGGAAGGAACAAUAAACAUAGGUAUGUUACUUUUCCAAACCUCAUUCAAGAGCCAGACCAGCAUCAAUCUCUCUCCUACAUGCCGCCAAGGCAUAAUUAUCGACAAUUGUACUCCAGCGCAACCCGCCCAUAGCUCUCUGCUCUAGCUCUCUCAACAACCCCUCUACCUCGCCCUCCAACCAACCGCCAGCCUCACCCCUUCGAGAACACCCGCGAACCCCCUUUCCGCCGCCGACCUACCACGAUGACCUCCCUCGUUCCACGCCCACCCUACACCGACGACGAGCUCCGAGCCCUGUACCCGCCGACGCUCGAGCUACAGCUCGUGCAAGUACUCCUGCGCCACGGCGAGCGAUCGCCCGUGUCCGCGCGCUUCCAGAACGCCGGGCUAGCCGCCUUCUGGCCGUACUGCAGCGCGGUGCGACAGCUCAAGUCAGCCGUGCUAGACCGGCACCACGGCGAGCAGUUCUCGACGAUGGAGUGGAAGCGACGUCUCGAGACCUUCGGAUCGGCCGACGAGCCCGUGCUGGCCGCGGGCCCCGCCGGCGAGCUCGACGGCGUCUGCGAGAUGGGCAUGCUGACGGACAAGGGGCGCGAGACGACCUUCGACCUGGGCGCGCGCCUGCGCGCCCUCUACGUCGACCGCCUGCGCUUCCUGCCGCCCGUGCUCCUCGACGCCGAAGGCUUGUACCUGCGGGCGACGCCGAUCCCGCGCGCCCUCGACUCCGUGCAGGAGACCUUCACGGGCCUGUACCCGGCGCACACGCGCCCGCCCGCCUUCCCGCCGCCCGCGAUCCUGACCCGCGCCCCCGGCGACGAGACGCUCUUCCCCAACGACAGCAACUGCAGGCGGUUCGCGGCGCUGUCGCGCGCCUUCGCCCAGCGCGCCGCCGACCGCUGGAACGGCACCGACGAGAUGGCGUACCUGACGCGGCUGUGGGGCAAGUGGAUGCCCGAGGACUCGCCGCGCGUCGCCGUCGACUCGCGCCCGCGCCUCAGCGGCAUCAUGGACACCAUCAACUCGACGCUGGCGCACGGGCCCUCGACGCGGCUGCCCAAGGAGUUCUACGACCCCAAGGCCCGCGACAUCAUCGAGAAGAUCGGCGUCGAGGAGUGGUUCGCCGGCUACAAGGAGAGCCGCGAGUACCGCGCGCUCGGCAUCGGCGGGCUGCUGGGCGACGUCGUGGGGAGGAUGGUGGGCAGCGCCGAGAGGUCGACCGCGGACGGCGAGUACGAGGUGGCGAGGAAGCUGGAGAGUAAUUCGUUGAAGGAGGGUAAGGGAGCCACGCCCAUCCGGUUCGGACUGAGCGGGUGCCACGACACGACGCUUGCCGCGAUCCUCGCCAGCCUAGGCGCAUACGAGGGUAACAAGUGGCCGCCAUACACGAGCCAUAUCGCCAUCGAGAUGUUCCGGAAAUCAGGCGACUCCUCGAAGCAAGGCAAGCCGGCGGAAACCAAGUCCAGCUGGUUCAAGUCCUGGGGCUCCUCCGCGAAACCAGGAAACCCUCCCCCGAACACCAUAGGCCGCAAGCGGAGCGAGGAGCUUACGCCUGCGGAGAGGGCUAAGCUGCAGGACUACUACGUACGGAUACGAUAUAACGACGAGGCUGUCACGGUGCCCGGAUGCCGGGCGCCGGGUAAGCAUCUGGAAGGCGACGAGAGUUUCUGCACGCUGGACGCGUUCAAGGCCAUCGUCGACAAGUUCGUCCCGAAUAACUGGAGGCAGGAAUGCAGAGCCAACAUCAAGGGCCCCGCGUUCCCUUCUAAGCCGGAGCCGGCUGGUUAUUAAUAACCACCUUCCUAAGCAUAAGCAAAAUGCUCGAGAGUGAGAAAAAUAAGGGUCCCUAGUGUAUAUAUACCAGUUGCAUCCAUAUGUACAUUCAAGAUCAGGUAGCUGCUCACAUGAGGUAAGAGGUCAGAUUAGCUACGGAGAACGGCACGUGGAACAGAGCGUUAAACGGAUCGGCAUUAGUUCUUUAGCACUCGGAGGCGCAAAAAGAAAUAGCAUUUACAUCAAUAGAAAUUAAGAUGACUGAUAAAAUCUCGGGUAGACAAUGCUAUUGUCUACACAAGGCUUUAUGUAUACAAAUACACAAUAGCUGAAAAGGGGUACGUGAAUU